AUGCGAAUGACGGCGCCCGAUGGGUCGCCCUACGAGGCAGAUGUCCUGGAGGUCUACAGCGGGAUCUUGGCCGAGAUCCGUAGCUUCGCACCCCGGCCAGAAGAGGUGACCAAGGGCAUCAUGGACAGAUGGGAGACCAUGCGCCGCAACCUCUCCGAGGCCAUUGUGGACUUCAAGAAAGACUGUGAGAUGCACCCCUACACGAAGGAAGGGCACCUUGCAAAGCUUCAGCUGGAUGACCUGGAGGCGCAGAUGCGGCAACUCCUGGAGGAGCUAGCAGAGAAGGCAGGUAUACGAUGA